GUGCAGCCUCUCCAGUGCCGAGGGCCAGGGUUACUCAGCCACCAGACUAUGCUUCCUGCAACGCUGAAACUUUGCUGCGGGAUCUCUCAGGAGCAUCUCAGGAAACUCACUGGUCUGCAAAGGACAGCAGUGGGGGCAUUUGGAAAAGAAAUAUCAAAGUUUAAACUGGCUUUAUCCCUAUUCAACUUCCAGGAUAUUUCAUAUUCUAUGCAAAGAACCUUUUCCUGGACAUUUCGAAAGAAUCUCAGUACAUCCUACGAAGAGAAAGGGUUUUCUACCUUACAGAUGAACUAUAUGAGUCAAGCAGAGAGCACACUCCACAAUGCCUUGUCAAUAUUAAACCAACAGGAAGGCUGGAAGACUGAACUUCACCAGGGAAAUGGAGAUUGGAUUCUUAGUAAAAAAGUUCAAAACAUAGGCAAAGUGUUUCGUGCUGAGGCAGUUAUAGACUCACCUCCUGAGCACAUCUAUACACUUCUGUUUGAAAAAAUUGAACAAAUGGAUGAAUGGAACCCAGGCAUCAGCAAAGUACAGAUCCUUCAAAAAAUUGGGAGCAACACCCUUUUGACAAGAGAGGUAACAUCAGAGAUUUCCAAAAAUAUCAUUAGUCAAAGAGAUUUUGUUAGUGUUCGACACUGCUGCAGAAAAGGGGCAUCGUUCUUUCUCACUGGAACUUCAACAGAUUCUGAAUUGAUGCCCCCGCAAAGAGGAAUUAUAAGGGGUGAAGCUGGACUAACCUUUAUUGUUCUCCAACCCCUUGAUGCUGACGAUAAAAAAACACAUUUGACCUGGAUUUUGAGCAUAGAUCUAAAGGGCUGGGUUCCCAGAGCUGUGAGUGACCAAGCAUUGUCGAAGUCUCAGGUCGAUUUUAUUGCUCACCUACGGAAUCACCUCUCUUUCUCAGAAAAAAAAGAUUUGUUGCCAGCUGAGUAAUGGGACAUGGGAAUUCAUUUUAAUAGUUUAUUUGUAUUUUAUUAUGCUUAUGCUACAUGUAAAUGACUAGACUCUGUAAGAUCUAUUCUACAGGACUUGGGUAUUAAAUAUAGGACAAAAAAGACAACAAUUUUCCCUCUAAGCGAUGAGCUGGAAUGCAUGCAUAUAAAUUCUACCAACACCGCACACAGCAAACUAUGGUACGCAGUACAUAGUAAAUACAAUGGUUUCGUAUUUAUUCUGUGCCACCCUCUCUAUGCCCACACAGCUUAAAAAUGUUUUUUUACACACUGCCAAAAGAAAUUAGAGUUUUCUAACUUCACUCAAUAUGUCAAUAGUUAAUGGACAAGUGAAGUGAAAAUCAUUGUUGGUGUCAUUUGUCAGACCCAACCCCCCAACGAUUACAAUCCAUGACCUUGUUGCCCAGACAGGUUCCCCCUAUCCAAUUAAAGAUGCACUGUGCCAGGGUAUGCGCCUAUCAGUGCCUCACAGCCAUCGUCAGUCCCUUGCCAAUGGACCUUUUGGUUGUCCAGGACUGUCCACACACAUAGUAAAAUAACGCUUCCUAUUCUUGUCUCUUUCAAUAUUUUUUGUUGCCAUUUCUAUUAAACCAAAAAUAUAUAAAAUAAUAUAAACAAUACAAAUGUGUGGUUUUACUACACGUGUCAGUAAAUACAAGCUGAGUAAAGUUAAUGAUGAAAAUCACAAAUUUCAUUAAAAAUUAACAAUGAAUAAAUAAAGAAAACAAAAAUAAAAUAACUAAAAUAAAACAAAAAUGGAAAAAAAGCUCUGCCAUGACUUUAGAAUAUACAUUUUAAAUUAAUUAAAUCUCAAAGAGAAACAUUUUCUCUGUCUUUGCUACUGAGAUUCAAAGUAGGGAGACCAUUUAACCACGUUAUCAUUUCUGAAUUAUUCUGAAUAUUGCUACUAUAUCUCAAAUGGACAUAGCUCACAUAGAUAAGUAAAAACAUAAAAUUCUCUUUUGGGGAUUAGAGGAUUAAUCCAAUAUAUAAAGAUUGACCUUCUCACUGCUGCAAAGAGAAAUUCAGUUGGAUUUGGUUUUCUUAUUUCCAGCAAAUUCAAAAGAUUUAGUAAUAUCAGUUGACAAAUUAAAGGGUUUAUUUCUUUCUUUUAUAUUAACAGAAAGAAAGAAGGUAAUCAUCUUCUCAAUUUCUCCAAUUCCAAUUCUUAUUUUAUAUUAUGUGUUGGGGUUACUUUGCUAAAAGCGGUCUUUAAAGGGAGUUGGGGAGGUAUAAUUUAUUUAAUUUAUUUUUUAUUGAUUAUUGUGAUCAAUGGAUUUGUGUAAAUAUUUUCAUCCAAAAUCAAAGUACUUGGGAUUCUAAACAGUAUGUACUGAAAUGUAUUAAAAUUCAGUUUCCCCUUUCUUUUAUCAUUGAACAUUUCAAUAUUGUCAGUAACGUAACUAGAGGGACACACAGCUGGGCCCCCCCGCCCCCCUCUGUACGCUCGGAACUGCACGGAAUUCAUUGCGCACAAGCUGCCAGGGGGGCCCUGAGGGGGUGUGGGCCCUGCUCCCCCCGUAGUUACGCCACUAAAUAUUGUGAUCUCAGAGUUGUUAAUCAAGUAUACCCCAUUUCACAUGCAGCUUCAAUGUACAAAGCUAUCACUAGCUUUCAUGUGAACUAGGAAUAUAAUUUUAGAAGAAUCUCAAAAUUAAACCUCAUGCUAUGAUAUUUUAGGGAUCAGAAUACUGGUACCUAUCACUGCACCUAUGGAAUACAGGCAAAGUGACAAAUACAUUUUUUAAUGUUCAUAAGGGACAACAAAUUAGCAGCAAAGGAAAGGGAUUUUUUUUGCAGUAGUGUUUUAAUAAUUUAUAGUAUAUAUAAGAUAUAAAAUAUGUAAAGUCUACCUGUAAAGUCAGUGGAUUCUUAAAAAAAAUCCUCAAAGUGUCAACUAUGCAUAUGUUUCCUUUUUGAGAUAUUAGCCCAGUUUCCCACAGCUGAAACAGUAUUUUCCAUCCUGAAAUUAAGUGGUUGUGGGUUACAUUGUGUCCCCUCUGCAGUGGGAGCCAACUGGAAAGGAGUACUGAUGAGGCUGAUUAGUGUGCCACAUUGGGAAUUUUCUCCGCCAGUGGGGAAACUGAAACUGCUACUUCAUCCUCCCAUUCACUAGAAUGGCAAAUGAAUGAUAGUUCAGUUACACUCUGAGUAUGGUCACUAGAACAUUUUGGCAUGAAAAGUCUCAGUAUCAGAGCAUGAUACACAUUUCACAUUCAAGUGAAUGGAAGGCGCAGUGACACUUCUGUCCCAGUAGGGGAUAUGACCCAUUUGCCAGUAUUGUAUAGGUUUUUGCAGCAGAUAUUGUUUAACCUUGAUGUGGACUUAAUUGCAGAGCACUAUACAUGGUCUUUGCAUGUAAGGGUCCAGUUUAGGCUCAACAGACUUGAUUCAUAAAUUAUCAUUAGGCUGGGUAUUCAACUUUUUAAUGACAAAACUUUUUCACCUUUUUAUAACAUUUUGUCAUGGUAGUGAACAUUUCUAACAAUAUUCAUUUAAAUGCUAAACAUAUUCUUAUAUAAAGCAUUCUGGAGUCUUUAGUAAGAAAUAUUAUAAAGAAGGAAAAGUUGCCUUUGUACACUUUUUCAGUGUGGGUAUUAUCUGCUUUUCUGCUAAAUAGGCACUUAAACAUCAAAUGUAUUUGUAUAUAAUUGUGAAUCUGUGUAUUCAUGAAUUGUAUAUUAUAUUAAUCACCAUAUAAUGUAUUUUUUCUAGGACCUUGUAAAUAAUAAAAUGUAUAGUAAUUAA